CGCCCCCGCCAGCGCCGCCUCCCCCACCACGGCGUCGCCCCUCCUCGCGCCUAAGGCGCUGACCAACGGGUGUCUGGGCGAGGAUUCGGACCAGUCGGGCCCCGAGCAGAACACGUGGAACUCGCACGACUCGCAGUACUACCCCAUUUGGACGAAGGGCCCCUCCCCGUCCGCGGCCGCCGCCUCCCCCGCGGCCGCCGCGCCCUCGGCGCCCGGCUCGGGCAUCUACGAGACGCUGUACCCCACGU